UUUGACUACAUUUAUGGUCGCAUUACCUGCGCGGAACUGUACACGGAGAACUAACAAGAUCACGUUCCCAGUCGGCAAACUUCUGUGUGGGGACAGGGGACUUUUCCCGACAGUGACGUGGGUUGUUAAGAGGACAGGCAACUGGAGGGACUCGAGACAAACUUGUCUGAUUCAUCAUGAAGCUCUACAGCCUUAGCGUCCUUUACAAAGCGACGAACAAAGCAAACCUGCUCAAAGCGGCCUAUGACUUGUCCUCCUUUAGUUUCUUCCAGCGAUCCAGUGUGCAGGAGUUCAUGACAUUCACGAGUGCCCUGAUUGUUGAGCGCUCCCCACUUGGUACCCGGGCUUCAGUCAAAGAGCAAGAGUACCUGUGUCACGUGUACGUACGGAACGACUCUCUCGGUGCUGUAGUGAUUGCGGACAACGAGUAUCCUCAACGAGUGUGCUUCACUCUGCUGGACAAGGUACUGGAUGAAUUCUCAAAGCAGGUGGACAGCAUAGACUGGCCCUCUGGAUCCUCAGACACCAUCCGCUACGCUGCUCUUGACAGCUACCUCGCUAGAUACCAGAAUCCUCGGGAGGCAGAUGCAAUGACCAAAGUUCAGGCUGAGUUGGACGAAACCAAAAUCAUUCUGCACAACACCAUGGAAUCCCUGUUGGAAAGAGGGGAGAAGCUGGACGACUUGGUGCAGAAGUCCGAGCACUUGGGAAGCCAGUCCAAAGCCUUCUAUAAGACUGCGAGGAAGCAGAACUCUUGCUGUGAGGUCAUGUGAUGGUGGUGCAUUAGCCUGCUGGACCUGACUGUGUUGGCUCGCCACUCCAUUCCUACAACCGACGGUACACGGCAAAGGUCGAGGCCCCUCAACCACACCUUGGAGAACAUUGGGGGGGAGUGGGUGUGUCAGGAAAUCCCUUCUGAGGGCCUGGUUCGGGGAUAAAGGGGGGUGAUUUAAAAAGGCACACUUUUGCUAUGUUUUAACUUGUCAAAAAAGAGUGGUUUUAACCGUUGGAGGAGGCGGAUAUCCUGACUUUGAUGUCCUUGUUGGUUUCAUCUCAACUGCUAGGAAGCUGAUGUGAAUGAAGGAGUGAUUCUUCUGAGUAGGUCCAGCUUUAGUCUAAUGCAUUUUGUCUAAUGAGUUUUUGUCUCUCAGUUCUAGUCUAAUUCCUCAGUAGAGGAAUCCAAAAUAUCAGGCUGAAAUGCACUGUGCACAUUCCACUGAAUUCUGAGCUCCACCUCCAGUGGGCUCCUGACUCUGAACUGGUAAUUUUGUUGCGCACACUAGAUGGCGCCAGCACCAUACUGUCCUGCUUGAUGUACGUGUUUUGAGGAAGGUUUCUUCAUUGCUGGGUGAGAGCCAUUUCAAUAAUUUAAAGCUGAAUAAAACAGCUGUACACCACACAGUACUAAUAGUAACGGCACCAGUGUUAAAUUUACAGGGGAUAGUCAUUGCAGGGAUUGGUUCCAGAAGGGCUCUUGUACAAAUUAUCCAGGUUUUGGAUGGAGUCAAUAGCUCUCACUCUAAUAACACACUAAAUUUGCAGCAGUUUAACUUGCUGGGCCGAGAGUGCCAUGUAGCUGCUCGUUUGUAUAAGAUUAUUGGCUAGUGAAAUGUGGACUAUUGAAAGUGAGUGUUUUGCAAUCAGUGGUCAACUGAACUCAGCUGUGUGAAUGUGUAUACCAGUAUUAGUCCGGAAAGCUUGUGUGACAGGCUAGUGUGAAUUCAUGCAGUAAUUGAAAAGCCUUCAGCCAGAACUGGUCAACUUUCCUACAAGUUGUGGGACGAGACGGUUUGGGCUCAUACUUUUAGAACAUUCCUAACUUAUCUGUAUAUUUGUGAGAUAUAUAGUGAAAAGAAGGGCAACCUUGACCGCUAAGCUCAGAUAAAAAAAACUGGUCUGACUGGUCCAGAUCCACAAUACCGUUGUGGUGCAGUGUGAGUGCAUUUAUUGGAAUCAGCCUCCUUCCUCAAAUAUUUCCCUAAUAGGUGAUAGAAAAUUGACAUUUUUCACUGCGCUAAUGUGUACAAUUGGCUGCAUUGCCCCCUGCUGGCCAUGUGUGCACACUACUGCCCAGGUGCAGCCCCCAACCUGGAAAGACUUGAGAAGCUUUUUGUGGCUAACCAGUACCUGACUAACCAAUGUUAUCAAGUUUGUUUUUGCUUCCCCCCCCCCCCCCCCCCCCCCCCAAAACCGAUUCUUGUUUUUGAUAAUCAACCAUGAAGCAGUUGUUCAUUUUAGCUUGUCUGAACUGUAUAUUGUAUGGUCAUAUUCAAGAACCUCUUUCUGUGAUUUGUGUAAAGUAGCCCUGAGUAAUUCCAUCUUACCAGAGAAGUUUGUCAUUCUCAUGAGCCUUCUUUUCCUAUUGAUGGAACAAUAGGCAUUUUCAAAGAAACAACAUUAUAUGCAUUAAUACCUUAUGUUAAGUAUCUAUAAUUGGAAUAUAUUUGCUGGGGAUGUGUGUUAAUAUCCUGCAUUUAAGGUGGUAGUUGUCAGUUUUAGCUUGUUUGAACUAGAACUAUGCCACAGAAUUUAACCAUGAUGGCCAAGCAUGUACUGGUGUUGUCACAGUUCAUACAAGUUAAAAAUAAAUAAAUUAAUGGCCAACACCAUGUAAUUCUCUCUAUUCCAUACUUAAUAAGCUUUUCUUUAAAAAAAAAGAAAAAAGAUCUAAAUGGUUUGACAUCCCAUUAUAACAGGGUAUCAAAAUAGGACUGUAUUAUGCUUUGGAUUUAACAAGCUAUUUAUAAAAGUUUGCAGUAGAAUACUUACAGUAAUAAAAUAUGUACCGUUAAUGCCUUCAGUUCAGGUUGCAUAUGUCUGCUGUUUAUGUGAUUGGUGUUUGUGUGAGAGAAACACAGAAGUGUUUGUGAAACCUGGAGUGGACCCAAUGUUUAUUGAUGUUCAUGUGUUCUCCAUGUGCAAUAUUACUGAAGUCUUAUGUUGGAAAGCUCCUGUGGCCUCAUUUGAGUAGGGGUCAGUUUGGUAUCAAGUUAGGCUAGUUUGUCUGGCCUGGACAUGACACAUCAGUACAAGUUGAGGUGCCUUCUGAUCCUGUGCUACAAAUCCAACCAUUCGAUAAACCUCUGGAAAUAUUCCUUUCAUAUAGUGGGAUUAUGUACAUGGUCAGUUUAGUCUUGUUGAAUAUUAUCUUCACUGUAAUUGUUAGCAAGUUUAUUCUUACAGCUUGAUCAAUUUGCAGCCAGACAUUACACAGUGUUAUUCUAAGAGGUAUAACAGAAGGUGAAUUGACUGAUGUGAUGGGUAAUAAUGAAUAGAGAUCAGCUUAGUAUGUUAAAGCCCAUAGCUGUGAAGCAGAAAGCGAACAUUGGGAGAUUUAGCUAAGGAGGUUCACCAAAGACAGCAGUCUGAUGAUUUCCCAGCUUCUAUAAUACAAACUGAUGGGAGAUGGUGGCCCUUUUUGUGAGACCAGCUCUUUGUUUUAUUUAUAGCAUAUUGAUGAAAUGUUUUUUCUUGUUGAUCAUUCUUUUUCUAGACCGACAGUUUACAAAUGCAAACAUGACAAAAAUGUUUUAAACAAUGUCGACCAAUUAUUUCCCCCUCCAACAAUUAAGGUUUACAUGUACCGUUGCCUAUAAAGUGUAUACAUUGCUUUGGA